GACUCGUUCUUUGCAGGACCCCAAACGUAAAGGCGAACAGACAUGGGCACGAAGAAACACCAGCGAUCCAGGUCUCGGAGUCGCUCAAAGGAAAGGAAUAAGAGUAGAGUAGUGCGAUCACGGUCUCCGGAGAGACACGAAAGAAACCGACAUGCUGAAAGUUCACGGAGAAAGGCUCGGUCUGAGAGCAGCGGGUCCAGAAGCAGUGAUGCCUCCAGGGAGAGAAGACACAGACCAGCCGCCCGCUCGAGUGAUUCAGACAGCGAGGACCGGGCGAGGAGACCCCGCUCACGGGGAGACUCUAGAGACAGGAACAGCUCACCGUUUGAUGACCAUGGUAGAAAGAAACACAGUAAGAAGAGUCAAAAAAAGGAGAAACAUGAACGCAGGCAGAGCAGGAGUUCAUCUUGUUCCAGCGCACGCUCCAGUGCGGAGAGACGGCGUGUGAGGGACGGAGACAGCAGCGACAGAGACAGGAGGAGGAGACGGAGGAGUGCCGAGCGCAGGAGCAAGAGCCCCAGCCGAGAGAGACGGCGGGAGCGAGAUGAAGAGAGGAGGAGGAGCAGAGGGAGGGAAAGGAGGAGCAAGGACAGGGACUGUAAAAAGAAGUGGAACGAUCGUGAUGACAGCAAGGACAGACGGAAGAGAAGGGGGUCGCGCUCGGGGUCGUCUGUGUCCUCCGGGUCUUCUGCUUCUGAGCAGGGCGACAAAAAAGAAGGACAAGUUUCGGCCAAAGAGGAGCAGAAGAAGCAGAAGGAGUUGUUGAAGGCUUUGGAGACUCCAGAGGAGAAGAGAGCUCGUCGACUCGCUAAGAAAGAAGCCAAGGAGAGGAAGAAGCGUGAGAAAAUGGGCUGGAGUGAAGAGUACAUGGGAUACACUAAUGCAGACAACCCGUUUGGCGACAAUAACCUGCUGGGCACCUUCAAAUGGCAGAAGGCUCUUGAGUUGAAGGGAAUUGGGCACUUGGGUGAAAAGGAGCUAAAGGAAAGAAACAAGCUUAUCCAGGAGGAGAAUCGCAGGGAGCUGCAGAAGGUGAAGCAGUUACGUCUGGAGCGAGAACGGGAGAAGGCCAUGAGGGAGCAGGAGUUAGAGAUGCUGCAGAGAGAGAAGGAAGCUGAGCAUUUUAAAACCUGGGCAGAGCAAGAGGAUAACUUUCAUCUGCAUCAGGCCAAGCUCAGGUCUAAGAUCCGCAUCCGAGACGGCCGAGCCAAGCCCAUUGACCUGCUGGCCAAAUACAUCAGCGCUGAGGAUGAUGACUUGUCUGUAGAGAUGCACGAACCGUACACCUUCCUGAACGGACUCACCGUCACAGACAUGGACGACCUGCUGGAGGACAUCAAGGUGUAUAUGGAGCUGGAACAGGGGAAGAAUGUGGAUUUUUGGAGAGACAUGACCACAAUCACAGAGGACGAGAUCAACAAACUGCGCAAACUGGAAGCUUCAGGGAAAGGGCCAGGUGACCGCCGUGAGGGCAUCAACACUUCGGUGAGUAAAGAUGUGCAGUCGGUGUUCAAAGGUAAAACAUACAGCCAGCUGCAGGCACUGCACAUGAACAUCGAGAGUAAGAUCCAGGCCGGAGGCUCGAACCUGGACAUCGGCUACUGGGAGAGCCUGAUGCAGCAAGUGCGAGUCUACAUGGCACGAGCGAGACUGAGAGAGAGGCAUCAGGAUGUUCUGAGACAGAAACUCUAUAAGCUGAAGCAGGAGCAGGGGGUGGAAAGUGAACCACUCUUCCCCAUUAUCAAAGAGGAACCUGAAGAUGAGGAUCCAGUUACAAGUCAGGAGAAGCCUUCUAGAUCGUCUCCCUCACUGGCUGAUGGCGAGUCGCCAAAGCAGGCGGAAGAGAGUAAAGACAAAGAGGAAGAGGAUGCAGACGAGAGGCCAGGACCGAGCUCCACAGCCUCUGCAGAUAAGGAGGGAGGCGAGGGAGGAGGAGAAGGAGAGGGAGGCGAGGAGGGAGAAAAAAGCGGAGCAGUGGAGUCUGUGCUGACGGAGGAGGAUCUGAUCCAGCAGAGCCAGGCAGAGUACGACUCGGGCCGUUACAGUCCCGUGCUCCUGCAGCCCCCCGAGCUCCCGCUCGACACGCAUGUGGUGGAUGCAGAAGAAGACCUCCAGCGCCUCCAGCUCGCCCGCAGACAGCUGCAGGUCACAGGCGACGCCAACGAGAGCGCAGAGGACGCGUUUGUCCGACGUGCAAAAGAGGGCAUGGGGGGUGACGAGGCCCAGUUCAGCGUCGAGAUGCCCCUGACUGGGAAAAUGUACAUGUGGGCUGACAAAUACCGUCCACGCAAACCUCGCUUCUUCAACCGUGUGCACACGGGCUUCGAGUGGAACAAGUACAACCAGACCCACUACGAUUUUGACAACCCGCCCCCCAAAAUCGUCCAGGGUUACAAGUUCAACAUCUUCUAUCCGGACCUGAUUGACAAACGCUCCACGCCACAGUAUUUCCUUGAGCCGAGCCCCGACAACAAGGACUUCGGCAUCCUGCGUUUUCACGCCGGGCCUCCCUACGAGGACAUCGCCUUUAAGAUAGUCAACCGUGAAUGGGAGUACUCUCAUCGACAUGGCUUCCGCUGCCAGUUCGCCAACGGCAUCUUUCAGCUGUGGUUUCAUUUCAAGCGCUAUCGCUACAGAAGAUGAGGGCCUCAGUUUUAAGACAUCUGGACAAACUUUCAGCAUUUAAGUAUAAACUGCUAUGUGGAUACUUAAUUUCCUUAAGAUACUUUCACAUUGCAGUGCAGCAUUUCGUUAUUGAGUAAACAGUAAUCUUUACACCAGGUCUCAAUGGGAACAAAAGUGAUUUAAAAGAUGGGGAUGUACUGAAAAUGAUGAAAAAUGCAAAUUCUGUAUAUUUUUUUGGUACCGUAUAAGUGAAUUGACUAUCCUCGAGUCUAUUUAGUAUUAGAACGAUUAUAUUCUAGUGUUCGUCUUUCUAUUAUUUUGCAACAAUAAAAAUCUUUUUUUAAAACAA